UUGGAAGAUGAAAUACGGACGACCGGUUAGCGCAGGUUGCGGGUUCAAAUCCGGCCUCGCCUGUGUGGAGUUUGCGUGUUCUCCCCGCGCGUGCGAGGUUGAUUGCAAACUCGAAAUUGCCUUUGGUUGUUUGUUUCUCUGAUUUUGGCUCAGGGUGUUCCCCGCCUCUCGCCCGGUUCCUGCGAUGCUGCGCUUUUUGCGGUGGUCUUUGUGAUUGCAGUUGUAACUCUUUUUUCUUCCGAACGUUUGGACACUUUUUUUGCGCUUGUUUACGUUUUGAAGGUGUGCUUAAGACCCUCAAACAUUUGCGGAGUGCCACAAACUCGAUAAAAACAUGCUUAGGUUGUAUUGAAAUCGGGUGUUUUUAUAAGAUGGAUUUCUGUUGGAAUGACCCCCCCCCGCCAUGGAGGGAGAUUACUCUAUACCAUAAUAGCGUAGUAGGCCGAAGUGUUCGUCCAGAACGAAGCUCAUUGUAUUCCUAAAAGUACAUUUAAAAAUGUUAUUUUAAGCCACUAAGUUGAUGCGCAGUUUGAACAUGAACACUGCACUUCAAAAUAGAAAAAUAAAACGCUUAAUUAAUGAUUCACAAAAAUGUAUUGCACAGUGAAAUCCAAAUUGCGCCUAAAUAUUUGAAGACUAACAGUUUGAAAAGAUGAAGUGAUAAUUGUAUUUUAAAAUGAAAUCCAACUGAACUGUACUGAACAAAUUGACUGUGCUUGAUUCAAAAGGGCCUGAAGCCACUUUAACAUUCACAGUUUGAACAUUUCAUUCAGUCAUUCUUUUGUGUCCCACUAGAGGGAGCUUGUGUACCACACUUUGAAACCCACUCGUGGAGAAGUUUUGUGGACGAGAAGCUACAUGCUACAUUCCUCGAUAGCUUCCUCUAUCUUGUGUGAAGGUCCAUGUUUGUUCUUCUCCACAUUUACAGGCCCCGCCCCCGUGUCAGGCAGGCGCCACGUGUUGAGAAGCUUAAGCGAGCCGCUAGCGUGACCUCCCCCAAGGAGGAUUUGUGUCGGCCGGCUGCUUGGCUUUCACCGGACGACCGCGACCUCGCUUGUGACGCUUUUGGGGUUCUCGCCGCUUGUCACGCCGUCGUCGCUCGCCCGGAACUCUCCCAUGUGACCCGCGGGUGACCCCGCCCACGGCCGACUUCCUGAAGAAGUUUUUCAGUUGUUCAUCGCAAACGAGAUGAAUGGUGAUGAGUCGCCAGCCUUCGCUUCCGCCAUCUUUGGCUCGUCCUACACCAACGGCCACGACGCUCCUGAUGCUCCCCGAGCUCAUGCAAACGCUAAGUCCCGUGCCAAAGCUCUUGUCGGAAGCGAUCGAGUGUAUUUCCUGCACUCGUCUUCCAAACAUGACAAGAAAAGGCCAAAGGAACCGUGGAGCGCAAGCGGCAUCGACAGCCAGACCGACACGUCCCGGUACCAAGUGGAGCACCUGAGCACGUUCGUGUUGGAGCGCAAGGCCGGUCUGCUGACGGUGGAGGACGGCGUGCGACGUCUGCGGCUGCUGGACGCCAAAGGGAAGAUCUGGACGCAGGACAUGCUGCUGCGGGUCCACCGCGACAACAUCGGCCUCGUGGACUCCGACACCAAGUGCGAGCUGGAGGUGUUCCCGCUGUCUUCGGUGCAGCAGUGCCAGGCGGUGAUGAACGCGUGCGGCUUUGACUCCAUCUUGGCGCUGGUCUGCAAGGACUCUGGUCAGAACAAGGCGGACCUUCACCUGUUCCAGUGCGACCGCAUCAAGGCCCACUUGAUCCACGCCGACAUCCAGAGCGCGCUGACGGACGCCAAAGGAGGAAAACCCAAGAAACGACCGGAUGUCCUCAAGAUGAUCCUGAAGAGCGACGGCGAAAUCCCGCCUCCUCCCGCCGCUCCCGCCCCGGAACCGCCGUCCGGUCCGGAGGACGCCGAGAGCCGCGCGGACGUCCGGUCGGCGCGGAACGGUGACCGGCGGACGACGGCGGCGGAGGACGGCGCGGCGGCCGUUGUGGACCGUGACGUGCAAAUCCUGAACCGCAUCCUGGACGACAUCGAGGCGUUCGUCGGCCGACUGCAGAAAGCGGCCGAGGCGUUCGGCCAACUUGCCAAACGCAAGAAGAACAAGAAGAAAAGUCCCGGAGAGGGCGUUCUGACGCUGCGCUCCAGACCGCCGGCUGAGAGUCAGUUUGUGGACUGUCUGCAGAAGUUCAAGUUCGCCUUCAACCAGCUGGGAAAGCUGAAGGGUCACAUCCGGAACCCGAGCGCGGACGAGCUUCUCCACUUCCUGUUCACGCCCCUCAGAAUGGUGGUGCAGGCGUCGGGCGGCGCCGAUCUUGCCCGAGGCGCGGUCGUCCCGCUGCUCACGCGGGAGGCCAUCGAGUUCCUGCACGCCGCCGGCACGCCCGAGGAGCGCCGCCUGUGGGUGACGCUGGGCGACGGCUGGACCAAGUGCAGGUCGGAGUGGCCCGAGGAUCACUACUUCCCGCCGUGCCAGCUGGUGUUCGCCGACAGUUGGGAGCCGCCAGCGUUGCCGUCUCGAGAGGCGGGAAGUCCGGCCGACGGCGAGCGUCGCUCGAGACGGGAAGUCGUCACGCCGCCGACGGACGAGAUUCUGGAGCGGGACGUCGCGCCCGAGCACGCCGCCGGACGCCGACCGAAGCAAAGCAAACUGUUUGCCAAAUCCAAGUACGACUUUGUGGCGAGGAACAGCACCGAGCUGUCGGUGCUCAAGGACGAGCUGGUGGAGGUUGUGGACGACAGGAAGCAGUGGUGGAAGGUGCGAAACGGCGACGGCUCGCUGGGUUACGUGCCCAACAACAUCCUGGAGGCCACCGCGCCCGCCGUGGACGUGACGGCUCGCGGCCAGGCCGUUUACAGCCACACCGUACAGGUGCGCCGCUCGCAUCCGCACGCGCGCCACAGGGCUCUCACGCAUGCCAAACCUGACUUUUCGUUUGUGAAGCUGAUGAUGCCGCGGAAGGAGUUUGAGAUGUUCAAGCAAUUACUGGGAGAGCUCAACGAGAAGCAGUCCGGCGGCAGGACGGAGCACCUUCCCGACCGAGCCGCGCCCCAGCCCGUGACCGCGCCGCCGCCCACGGCCCCCGCCGGGCUCCCCGCACCGCCGCCGCCGCCCCCCCCCGCCGCCGCCCGCCACAGAGGCCGCCGAGCCGGCCGCCGUCGCCGAGAGCCCCGUGAGCCGCCGUGACAGUACGGCCUCGGGCGAGGGCGGCGCGAGAACGCUCGCUGACCGCAGGAAGUCCAACAUGGAGGAAGUCCAGGACGAGCUCCUGCACAGGCUGACGUUGGGCCGCGGCGCCCGCAAGAAACUUGCCGUUCCGU